AUGGCUGAGCCUGAGGAGCGGUGGAGAGCGGACGCCGAGGCCCGGCUCGCGUUUUUAGCGAAGCCGCCGGGCGCGCUCGGUACAUUGGAAGAGUGGUGCGUCACCCUAUGCGUCGCGCAAAAGACGUUACGGCCGACGGUCUCAGCUGCCGCCCUCGUAUUUGUCGCGGAUCACGGUUGCAAAAAAGCCGACUCGGCGCUCAGUCCAUACCCGGCAUCCGCGACGCAAGCCAUAUUCCGCUCGCUAGCCGCCGGUGUCUCGUGCGCGGCCGUUCUCGCACGAUCGGUAGGUGCGACGCUACACGUCGUCGACGUGGGUGUUGAUGGCGACGUGUCCGACGUCCGAGACCGGGAUGGGAUCGAGGUGCACCACUGCAAAGUCCUCCCGGGAACCUCUGAUAUACGGCGCGAACCGGCGAUGUCGGAAGAGGCGCUCGACGCUGCGUUACGCGUCGGUCAGCAACAGGUCCAGGUGGUCUCCUGCGGAGCAACGGUCAUAUGCAUCGGAGAGGUAGGUAUUGGCAAUACGACUUCCGCGGCGUGUCUGCUCGCCGCGCUGACGGGUAGCGACGCCGAAACGGUCUGCGGCCGCGGCACGGGUCUCGACGACGCGGGGCUUGCGCACAAAAUCGAGGUCGUCCGCGCGGCGCUCGCGCAUCACAAUUUGCCACUAACGCGCAACGCUCUACGAUGUGUCGGAGGCCUCGAAAUUGCAGCCAUGGUCGGCGCAUAUAUAGCUAUGUCGUCGACGAGGGCCGUUGCCGUCGUCGACGGUUUCAUCAGCGGAGUGGCCGCGUUGUGCGCGAUCCAGAUGCAACCGUCCUGCCGGUCCCGCAUGAUCUUUGCCACGUCGCUCGCCGAGGAGCCGUCGCGCCCCGGCGGUGGCGCUAUACUUGCGGAGGCGCUCGGUGCGAAACCGGCCCUCGACAUGGGCCUGCGCCUCGGCGAGUGUUCCGCGGCCGUGCUCGCGCUUCCUUUACUCUCCGCCGCAGCCGCCCUCCCCACCGCGGCGACGCUCGACGAGGCCAUGGCGUUGUCGCCUAACGCGCCGGCCCCGGCAGCGGCGGCCGACGACGACGACGACGACGGCUUCGAAUGUCUCGGGUCCGUGACGGCCGAAGAGCGCGCGGCCGAGGCGAGGCUUGCCGCGUAGGCCGCUGGAAACGUGCUCGAGGUCGAGUCGCCUCCGCGUCCCGUCGCGUUCACGAGCGAUGCAGAUGCGACCUUCCUGCCGGUCCCGCGGAGCCCGCGAACACCGUCGGAGGUCGCACUGCCGCCGGUGCCGACUUUCAUGGGCCGCGGCACUGCCAGGCGACCGGUCGAGCCGCCCGCGCCGGCGCAAGCGUUCGGCGCGCGGGCCAACUACGACCCGGUCCUAGACGAG